UUAUUCGUACGCGAUAGAAGGCGCGGCUCUUGGAUUGAGCUGUAGCAAUUGUCGCUCAGCGCGGUUGGCGGAGGAGGCAUCUUAGCAGCAGCAUUCCCUCGGCUGGAGUUGACUUUUGAGUCAACUCCAAAGUCCGCUCGGCGCGGUCGCCGCACGAGACAGCUCAGCAGCAGCAUUCACCCACUCGUCGCGCGGUCGACACGAUUUUUUAGUCCGCUCUGCUUGGUCUCGCAUUUACUCCUCUCGAGCUGAUUUCUGAGUCGAGUCCAAAGUCCGCUCGGCGCGAUUGCCGCACGAGACGGCUUUGAGCGCGAUACAAGUGAGCCCAGGAGCGGGUGCGAGUGACGUGCAGCAUUUACUCGCAUAGACUUGGGAGAUUCGAGACUCGCUUAUAUCGAAUCGAGUCAGUGUUGUGCGUGCAAUGGCGUCGACUGAGACUAUAACGGGUACAAUGCCGACUAGCGAAGCGGAAAGUGAAGGCUACGGCGUGUUGCUGUACUAUCAGUACGUGGAUGUUCCCGAUGACAUGGCAGCAGCGGAUUGGAUGCGACGCAUUUGCGAGGAGCAGGGCCUGCUGGGACGCGUCCGCGUAUCCAAGCAGGGCUUUAACGUCACGGUAGCAGGGAGUACAACCGCCCUUCAUAAGCACAUUUCCUCGCUCUCCCAUCACCCUUCUGGGUGGUUCGCCCAAACCGACUUCAAGCUGGAGCCCUGCGAUUGGCCGCCUGAGCCACGUAUAGCGCGCGAGUGCAAGGUCGACAGUUUGUCAGUGCGAGUGGUCAAGGAGCUGGUAACCCUAUGCCCGGUGGACCUAUCUCUCACAGGCGACCACUUGUCGCCAGCAGAGUUCCACCGGUGUAUGGUGGAAGGGCGGAGGGGGGAGAACCAGGGCGAGGACCGGAGCGGGAGCACGGAACAAGGGGAGAGGGCUGAGGAAAAUAUCGGGGAGAAGGCUGGGGGGGAGAGUCAGGGGGGGCCUGUGCCACGUGGCAUGGUGGUAUUGGACACCAGGAACGUGUACGAGACGCGCAUCGGGCGAUUUGUGCCCCCUGAAGGAGUGGCUUUCAUCGAUCCCUGCAUCCGCCAGUUCAGUGACUUGCCUCCAUGGGUGGACAGACACGAGGAGGAGCUCAAAAAUAAAACCGUGCUUAUGUACUGCACCGGAGGGGUGCGCUGUGAGUCAGCAACAGCCUACCUUCGGUCUAAAGGGCCCGGAUUUCAAGACGUGGUGCAGCUGUCAGGUGGGAUCGUGCGCUAUCUAGAGGCCUUUCCAGAUGGGGGUUUUUUCCGAGGAAAGAACUUCGUGUUUGACCAUCGCCUGGCAGUGCCACCAGCAGCACCACAGCAGGCAACAAUAGGCGCUUGCUGUCUGUGUGAGAAGCCCUUUGACGACUACAGCGGCAGGAAGCGCUGCGUUGCAUGCCGCAUGCUGUUGCUCGUGUGCCCCUCUUGCUCUGAGCCUCAGGUAUGGGCGAAGGAGAGGGCGAGGGAGUGGGCGAGGGAGGGAGAGAGGGAGGGAGAAGGCGAGGGAGUGGGAGAGGGAGAGGGAGAGGGGGAGAGGGGAGAGGGGAGAGAGAGGGAGAGGGAGAGGGAGAGGGAGGGAGAGGGGAGGGAGAGGGAGAGGGAGAGGGAGAGGGAGAGGGAGAGGGGGAGAGAGGGAGAGGGGGAGGGAGGGAGAGGGGAGGGGGAGGGAGAGGGGAGGGGAGAGAGAGGGGGAGGGAGAGGGAGAGGGAGAGGGAGAGGGAGAGGGAGAGGGGGAGGGAGAGCGAGAGGGAGAGGGAGAGGGAGAGGGAGAGGGAGAGGGGGAGGGAGGGAGGGGGAGGGAGAGGGAGAGUUAGAAGGUGAGGGAGAGGGAGAGGGGGAGGGAGAGGGAGAGGGAUGGAGAGGGGGAGGGAGAUGGAGAGGGAGAGGGAGAGAGGGAGAGGGGAGGGAGGGAGAGGGGGAGAGAGAGGGAGAGGGAGAGGGAGGGGGAGGGGGAGGGGGAGGGAGAGGGAAAGGGGGAGGGGGAGGGAGAGGGGGAGGGAGAGGGAGAGGGAGAGGGGGAGAGGGAGGGGGAGGGGAGGGAGAGGGGGAGGGAGAGGGGAGGGGAGGGGAGGGGGAGGGGGAGGGAGAGGGGGAGGGGAGGGGGGAGGGAGAGGGGGAGGGGGGGGGGAGGGAGAGGGGGAGGGGGAGGGAGAGGGAGAGGGGGAGGGGAGGGGGGAGGGGAGGGGAGGGGGAGGGGGAGGGGAGGAGGGGGGGGGGGGAGGGAGAGGGGCAGGGGGAGGGAGGGGCAGAGGGAGUGGGGCCGCAGAUCAUAUGUGAAAUCUGCCAGAAGGGGAGCUGCAAGGCGGAAGGGGGGGGAAUGGGGGCAAAAGAAGGGACGCUAAAGCAGCAGAGCCAGAAGCCAAAAGAGCAUCAGCAGGAGAAUCCGCAGAGUCAGCGGCUUCAGCAGUUGCCGCAGCAGCUCUCCCCUUCUCCAGUAACCCUGGCAGGAUGGGCGGAGUCUGAAGAUCUUUCCAUCGGACAUAGUAGCAGGCGGUGCAGCAGCAGUACAAGCAAGGACGAGUGCAGCAGCAAGAGUAGCACCAGCAAGAGUAGCAGCAGCAGCAGCAGCAGCAGCAGCAGCACCACCACCACCACUGCCAGCUGUUGCAGCAAAAGCAUCAGUGAAAAUGUUGCCUCGACCACUGCCACCAGCAAUUCUGCCCCUGCCCAUGCAUCUGUCACCGUAGCUGCUACCAGCAGCACCAGCAGCAGAGAGAGUCCAAGAGCAAGAGCUCGCAUUCUUUGUCUGCAUGGAUUCAGACAAAAUGCCUCGUCCUUUUCUGGGCGGACGCGCGCGCUGCAGCGGAAGCUCAAGUCGGUGGCGGAAUUCGUCUUUAUUGACGCCCCGCAUGCACUCGCACACGUCGUCACAUCCUCAGGUGCCUCUUCAGGUGCCUCUUCAGGUGGCUCCUCAGGUGGCUCCUCAGGUGCUCAAGCAACAGAUGCUCAAGCAGGUCAGGGUAGUCUGCACAGCACCAAGGCAGCAGCAAGUGGUAGCCUUCCCCGACCCAACUGGACCGUGCCAGCUGGCAGUGCCGAAGUGGUGCCAGCUGUCACAAGCACGCGAGCUGUUGCUGCGGCAGCGCCAGCUCACGCAGCAGUGCCACCUGUGCUACUAGCUGGCGGAUUCCCUGCUGACCAGCUGGACGGGCAGGUGUACGGCUGGGCGGCGAGUUUGUCCUAUCUGAGGGAGGUGGUAUCCAAACUGGGCCCUUUUGAUGGGGUUUUGGGGUUCUCCCAAGGUGCUGCUGUGGCUGCUGCUGUUGCUGCUCUGGCUAGUCAAGAAAGGAAGGAAACACAGGGUUUGUCGCAUUGCAAGGAGGGGGAGGGAUUGGGAGGGACAAGGAAGCAGAGUGAGGAGAGCAAGGAGUGUGAGGAACAGAAGGGAAGGGAAGAGGGUGUGGAGAGAGGGGGAGCAGUGGGGGAAUGGAAGGGAUGGGGCAUACGGUUUGCGAUUCUAUGCUCCGGUUAUGUAGCCGCAAGUGAGGCGCAUUCGUUUAUGCAUGACUUGACGGGUGAGGCUGUGGUAACGCUGCCAUCGUUACACGUCUUCGGAGCAAGCGCAGACCACAGCAAUGCCAUGCUUGAUGGCCCAAGCAUGCCAAGU